CUCUCAAUAAGAUAGGCUGGAAAAGCGUGGGACCGCUACGAGAACGACGGAGGUAACUGAAGUGAAGAUAGACAAAAGAGCUAGCUGGCUGGCUAUGCUAUCUAGGUGCCUAGGUAGUAGCUAGCUAAUGCAUUCCAUAGACCUCAAAUAGGUCACCGCUUUCGAUGAUCGGAUCACAGGACAAUCUUUGGUAACUUCGCGAAGUCUUGGUGGUGGGAGUACGGAAAACGAAGUACCGUGCCAUCUUUUGGGUUUGGGUCUGGGCGUGUUCAUUGGAACGCGCGGAUGCUUUUCCGGGAUUGCGAUUUCGAUCUGGGUGCGUUUUGUUUGUUGAUCUCGGAAAACGAGCUGGUGAGGGAGAGUAGCUUGGUGUUCAGUAUCGCAUCUAUCUGCAUCGACUUUGUAUACAAUCCAUUGAACCAGAGGAGACGGGAGCUCGGGCGAAUGCUGGUUUCGAGAUCGGCAUACAUAAAUAUUGAUAAUCCAAUCGAAAGAUAGCAACGACGAGUCGAUACACCAUAACAUCAUACGGCACACAGGGUGGCGGUUGGACUGAAUGGUAAUUUGGAGAAGGAAAAAGUCAAUGGGAGCUGUUUGCACCAAUCCCAAAUCAAUGGGGGAGCAAGUGGAGGAAGGAAAUGACAGAGGAAAUGGUUCACCAGAUGAGAAUGAGAAUGUUCCUGAAGACUUGAGAGAUUCGGAUAAUGGUAAUGGUGUCCCGCUGAUACCAGACGACAAUGAUGAAGAGGAAAUGGAAAAUGAUGCGAUUGCUGCGAGGGAAAUUGUGCAGAAGGAAAUUGAAGACCUUAGAAAACGGGCUGCUUAUACCAAAUCUGUUUUUCAUCAUGCUCAAACGGAUCGAGAUACAGUAAAUUCCACUCGCUCCCUCUACGAUUCAGAUGUGGUAUAUUUACAACAACAUGGUCGAGUUUAUGUAGGAGAUUAUUAUAUGCCAAUUGAUGAGGAAGAACUGGAUCGUUUACGCAUCAUUCAUCAAAUAUAUCUCCAGAUCUUCGACAACCAACUUACUACCGUGCCUCUCCAAUCUCCGACUCGCAUUCUCGAUAUUGGAACAGGAGCUGGUGAUUGGGCUAUGGGAAUGGGUGAUCUAUGGCCCUCGGCCGAAAUCAUAGGAACCGACAUCGCCAAAAUCCAACCCACAGCCGUUCCCUUCAAUGUGUUUUUCGAAAUUGAAGAUGCGGAAGAAGAAGGUGGAUGGACGUGGCCUGCUAAUGAAUUUGAUCUCGUGCAUUUGCGGAAUAUGGCCGGUGCAUUUAGUGAUUGGGAUCAGAUAUAUUCCGAAGCAUUCACUCAUCUCAAACCCGGUGGAUGGAUCGAAAUUAUGGAUUUUGAUGACCAUGCAGCUUUCCUUACAUUUUUCGAAAAAGAUAGUCCCAUGCCGGCCCUUCUGCACUCUUUAGGAGAAGCGGCUCGAAUAUCUGGACGACCACGUGGAAUUGCACAUCUUCAGCCGGAAAAGUUGGAGAAAUUGGGAUUUGUAGAUAUAGAAGUUAAGGAAUUUGGGAUUCCGAUGGGUCCUUGGCCAGAUGAUAAAACGCAAAAGACGAUAGGGAAAUUAUGGUUGGUGUCGAUGUUGAGCUCGUUGGAAGCGUAUACGUUGCGAUUGUUAACGCAGGCUUUGGGGUGGGAGGAAGAAGAGGUUAGGAGGAUAUGUGUGUCGAGUGGAGAGGAAAUGAGGAGGGUCAGUUUGGAUGUUGAGAGGGCGAGGGGGUUGAAAACUGUGGCGAGGGUUUUGGUGGGGAGAAAACCGGAGUGGCAGGUGGAUGCUGAUGCUAAUGGGGAUGGGGAAAGUGUAGUGACGGAAACUCGGACGAUUAAUGGUGAUGGACAUAUAAAAUUGAAUGGCGAAUAAGUUCGCUCGCAUGCAUACUACUUCGUCUACUAGUGUAGUCGGUAGUCAAAAGAUCUCAUUUCAUCUAUCUAUCUAUCUAUACUGUACAGAUCUGGGAGGCAUUUUGUAUUUGGGUCAUGAUUACAGUCUUCUCAUUCUGGGUGGAUUUCUCCUUUUCAGCAAGCAUGCAAGCGCGGCAUUUUGAUGUUAGAAAAGUAUUUACUUUACUUAACUUCAUGAUUGGAACUUAGAAGACGAAUUACGAUGUUAAGAAAGAAUAGGCUAUGAUGAUGGGAUGGGCAAAAAUUGAUAGGGUGGGCUGUUUAUUAGCUUGGUGGGAAUUGGAUUGAGAGGAGAGGAGAGGAGAGGAGAUGAGAUGAGAUGAAUUUGAUACAGCAUUUUGGAAUUAGGGUUUAGGUUUUACAAUAGAUACCCGGCAAUAAGAAUCACUGUUUGUAUGUGGAUGGUUUGGGUGGUUGUUUUGGUUGUAUGGAUGUUGGUUCUUGGUUCUUGAAUGUGAAUUUUUGGUGCUGUUGAUGUUGUUGAUGAUGUUUGCUUAUUUCUUGUUUUUGGUGCUGUGAGUGUGUAUACCUGGCUGGGUAUACAGAUAUCGGUCGUUCGCAUCUAUGAAUUGAGAUUUUGCUGA